CAUAUUGCUGCAACUGAUGCAAGAACACAAGCUGCAGCAAAACAUAGUCUCUUCUUCCCUCUACGCAUCAUCAAUCUCAACACUCUUCUGCUCCUUCUUCCUCCGCUUCUUCCAUUCAUUUGAGAGAGACUUGAAAACAACAAUUGUCUGUGUAUCAAUUUUUCUUUACUCUUCUAACAAACUAAAUUUUCUGAAUUUAACAUUUUACUCAUCCAAUACAAAUUCAUAGACUUCGACCACCUUUCUCUAUAAAAAAUAAUUUCUCUUUAAAAUCAUAAAUUUCAUCUAAAAUUUAUUAAAAAAAAUAAAAAAUACAAUUUUCAUAUAGUUUUUUUCAGUACCAAUUUGAAUUAUUUUUCUUUACAAAAAUAUUUAUGAUUUUGAUACGUGAUAGCUAACUGAUCAUAAAACGUUUAUAAAUUUACAUGUUACUAACUACUGCAUUAGUUAUAUAAAUUGUUUAGUAGUAAUAUUUAAAAUUGUAACUAUUCGUUUCCCCAUAUUCCUAUACCGUCAUUUAUUAUCUCAAUCAAUCUGCAGAUUCUCAAAUAACUAUUUUUACUCGUUUAAAUGGCAUGUCGUUAAAAGUAUGCUAUAAACAUUCAAAAUUCUGAUUCUCAAAAGAAAAAAAAACAUUCAAAAUUCCUAAUUUCCAUGCAACAAUCAAACAAAUAUUCUUUUUGGAAAAAAAAGUAAAGAUAAAGAGACAUCGCGGCAGUUCGAGGGAAACAAAAGCGAAACUGGUUGGGGACACUUCGGAAGAAUGUUGGACUGAUUUAGUUACUAUAUACACAUUUUAUAUAUGUACUAAUUAACAAUGGUUUUCACUAACUUAAUCUACUCAUUCUCGAAUUCUUAUAGUCAUCCCGUAUAGUAUUUAAUUAGUAGUGUUGGCCCAUUUAGUCCAACCUUCUCACCCUUUAUAUUAUUAUUAAGAUAAAUGUCUGAUUACUUAAUUAAUCAACUCUGAGGUGUAUGUACUAAAGUUUUCACCAAAAUAAAUGUACCAAAUUCCCUUUUUGCAUUUGAGCACAAUUAGAUACAUCAUAACUUGUCCAAGAAAAACAAAUACAUAAAAUUGUAGUCUACACUUUCUUCAACGCCAUUCAUUUUAAAAGCUCUUUCAGUGGACAUUUGUGAUAAUACAUGACAUGAAAUAGUUUUUACUUGUAAGAAGAUCAUAUUUUUCACGUUGUCAACAAUAUCGUUGAUUUUUUUGCUGAAAUAUAUAUAUAUAUAUAUAGCCAGUUCAAUAGAAGAAUAUAUACAAAUCCGCAUCUCAAUUAGAUAAACUAUAUACAAAGAAUGUUAACUGUCUUGUAAGCUAAGAAAAACAUUUCUAAAGUUCAUGACAAAUAUGGAUAGUUUCGUUAUUGGUAUUCUUUCUUCUUGGUCUAAAACUGGUGUUGUCCUUUAUAUACACGAAAUUACAUAAACUACUGCCUUUCAUAACACAUUCAUUCAAUAUUUUAAAUUAGUAUUGGUAUACAGCGCACACAGUACAGAAGUAGCAGCACUGCCAGAAAAAGAGAAUCACAAAGAAACUUAUGAGUUAAGCAAUUAGACCUACUCCCUCUCCUCCACCUUCCCAAAACCCUAAGCAAAUAUGCAUAAAAUAUACUAAAACAGAAAGAGCCUCACAAUAACACUGUGGACUGUGGACACACUCAAAUCUUAUUAUAUAAAUCAUCAAACAUAUACCAUAUGUAUACGUGUGUAUGUAUAUAUAUAUAUGAAUAAAGGUUCUUCCUUUACCUCUGCCUUCUCUCUUUCUCUAAGCUCUCCUCUCCACUUCUUUUCUCUCUCUAAAGCUUUAUUUGCUCAAAAACAAAAACAAAAAUAAAAAGGAGAUCAUCAAAGGAGAAAUAUCAAAGAUGGUUUUUUCUUCAUUUCCUACUUAUCCUGAUUCAUCAAACUGGCAACAACAACAUCAACCAAUCACAACCACCGUUGGAUUCACGGGAAACAACAACAUCAGCCAGCAAUUCCUCCCUCACCAUCCCCUCCCACCGCAACCGCAACAAACGCCUCCCCCGCUUCAGCACAACGGCAACGGUGGCGGAGGUGGUGGUCCCGGUGGACCAGGCGGAUUAAUCCGGCCAGGUUCGAUGGCUGAAAGGGCAAGACUAGCCAACAUACCACUGCCGGAAACAGCCUUAAAAUGUCCAAGAUGUGACUCAACUAACACCAAAUUCUGUUACUUCAACAACUACAAUCUCACUCAACCUCGCCACUUUUGCAAAGCCUGCCGCCGUUACUGGACACGUGGCGGUGCUCUAAGGAGCGUUCCUGUUGGUGGUGGUUGCCGUAGAAACAAAAGAACCAAAAACAGCGGCGGUGGCGGCGCUAGCAGCAGUAGCGGCAACAGUAAGUCUCAAGAUAGCACCACAAGCAACGACCAAUACCACCACCGAGCCAUGGCUAAUAACCAGAUGGGACCACCUACGUCAACUUCUCUGAGCUCGUUGCUGUCUUCUUACAACGCUGGAUUGAUCCCCGGACAUGAUCAUAACAACAAUAACAACAACAUACUUGGACUUGGAUCAUCUUUGUCUCCUCUCAAGCUCAUGCAUCCUUCAGACUUCACCGACAACUUCACCUUACAAUACGGCGCGGUUUCAGCUCCUUCUUAUCAUACAGGCGGUGGAAGCAGCGGCGGAAGCGGUGGUGGAGGAGCGUCGGCUAUUUUGACUGGUUUGGACCAGUGGAGGUUCCCGGCAACACAUCACCAACUUCCUUUGCUAGGUAGUUUAGACAAUUCUUCAUCUUCCGGGUUAUACCCGUUUGAUCAUCAGAAUCCGGGUUAUGGAUUAGUCACUGGAUCGGGUCAGUACCGACCUAAGAACAUCUUCCAUAACCUUGUUUCGUCUUCUUCUUCUGCUUCAUCAGCUAUGGUUACAGCCACAGCGUCGCAGUUAGCUUCAGUGAAAAUGGAAGAUAGUAACAAUCAACUCAACAUGUCUAGACAACUUUUUGGAAACGAACAAGAGCUUUGGAAUAUUCAUGGGUCUGCAGCAUCAACCGCAGCCGCAUCAACUAAUUCGUGGAGUGAUGUCUCUAAUAACUUCAGUUCUUCUUCUACUAGCAAUAUAUAAUCUUAGUCUAAUAUGUGUGAUCGCGAUACUAUUAUUAAUUUCUUAUUGGGCGUGGUAUGAUCUUAUGUACUUAGUUCGAAGUUAGUACAUCGAUCGAUCUUGUAGGUUUUCGUUUGUUUGUUUUUUUUAUAUUAUAUCACAACUAGUUUUGGGGUUUUAAUUUGUUUUUGGUUUUUGGAUUCUCUUGGUUGUUUUUCAAGUUUAAAAUUAGGGCUUCUUCUAUUGCAUACUAUUUUAUUUUCUUCGAGUAGUCCGGUGUUCAAAUUAGUUAUAUAUGAGCGUUAUAUCAAAUAUAUUUUUUACUAA